UUUACAGUACAAGGAACGUCGGAGAACGCCGCAAGUUAGUAGCCGGAGGGUCCCUGAAGGCAACACCGGGCCACUCCGGAUAAACAAACCCCGCUCGUCGCAAAUGGCCCCGCGGAGCUUCGGGAGCUCACGGUAUCACUAUCGCGCUUACUUUUCAUAUCGAAUAUCAAGUGACAGAAGUAACGUUGCAAUGUUCCAAUCCGCUAUGAGUGUCCUGGUCUGACAGCUGCAUGCUGCAUGUCUGAUAUAAACGUGUCUGUCACCCAACCGCACUCCUUUGAGCUUGUCUUUCGAGACUCUUUCGAGAUGACCGCAUCACCUGUGCAUGCUGUGCUGUGACUUUGACACAAUGAGAAAAGACGGAGAUAACCCUCUGGUAUUGUCGUCCAAGAAACCGUGCCAGGGCCGAGCGAAUAUUGGACAAGCUCUAAAAACGCUACAUGCUGUUCUGGAAGUGGAAGAGGAGCAAACAGAGCAGGCGCUCUCUGUGGGGCACCUUCGGGAACCACAGGAGGCUGUGAGGGAGGUGACUUCCAGAGGUGCGUGCCAAAAAAACAAACACUCCAGCAGGCCACGGUGUCCCUUUAAAGACACCGGGCGAUACAGUAACAUUGAGGCAGGCAGCGCCACACGCAAAACACGGACAAAUGUCGAGCAGCUGUUGCUGAUGCUGUCUGGGAAGAUCAAUAGUGAGCAGGGAGUCCAUAAAUUGGAUAGGCAGGAAUUGGAGCUCGAAAAAGCCAUCAUCCUGUGCCACUUGCUAGACACCCACCAAGAUUUUUUGCACAAAAGACAGAUUGCAAGACAAUUAGCCCAAGAUGGCAGCAGCAGCAGCAGCAGCAGCAGCAGCAGCAGCAGCAGCAGCAGCAGCAGCUUCAAUCAGAUUGUGCCUCACCUAACCCACUGGAGGACCUCGCCGCGUGGAUCCAAAAUUACCACUUGUCCAUCCAAGAAGAAAACCAAGCAGGACCAGCCGUUACUGCAGUCAGUAAGCACUGACUUGUGUGUAGACGACGCCUUUACCACAAGUGCAGCAGUGGACACCUGUUGGAGGAGUGCUCUGAAAAUUUGUCACCUUUAUAACACUCCCCAUGCACGACACAACGACCAGCCCCCCGACGACACAGAGUCUACUGGGUCAGACGAGUUCCCUCCCUUCAAAUGCAUGGACAGAAACAUGGCGAAUGGUGCAGACUACCGGUUUCUGGUACGGCAAAACUUUGAACUCUUGCGAGCUCUGGAUGAGCUAAAGAAGACAUGCAGCACACUGAAGGAGGAUAAUUGCCUGCUGCGGAAGAGCAGUGCUCCAGAAACGGAGGAGAAGGUCAGGCGGCUGAGGAGGAAGAACACAGAGCUGGCAGUGCUUGCCAAAAGGCUGGAGGAGAGGGCCCGGAAAUUGCAGGAGGCUAACCUCAAAAUGGUGAGUUCUCCAUCACUGAUAAAGCCUGGAUCAGUGGAACAGUACAAGAGGGCGUUCGCACGUCAGCGAGCACGUGACCUGGCCCAGCACGCGGAUGCACUGUUAUGGAAAGACAAGGAGAUCGCUGUGCUUCAGCAGGACUUCAAGGAACUGGAGGCACGACUGGGCACUGCUGAAGGUUCCCCGAUCCCGUCGAGCAGAGGGGAAUUUGAGAAACUUCUUAGGGAGUCUCAGAGAGAAGUUCUUCGGCUCCAAAGGCAGUUGGCCGUCACCUCAGCCAAACAGCACCAAAACCACAAUCCUGAUCCUGGUGGCCCGGAGAAGUGUGAGAUACCUGCUGCGGUGGAGAUUGUAGAAGAGAGGGUUGUAGGAGAGACCCCGUGUGUGCCAUUAGAUGAAUCUCCAUCGAGGUGUGAGAAAACUCCUGCAAAGGAGGAGGAGUCGGGGCUGCCAGUGACGCCCCACCCGGGCCUCAGCCCGACCCCCUCCCAUCAGGAGAAAAAUUCAGAGGACACGCAUCUUCACCAUCUGGAGAGUGAGCUGACAAAGAAGAGAAAAGAAUGUGAAUACCUUGAACAUGAAGCAAAGAAGCGGCAGAAGAAAUGCCUGGAUUUGGAGAGCCAGCUUGAGGAUGAGCAGGGCAAAAAUGAGAAACUAAAGGAGGAGGCAGAUCUCCUCAGGAGGAAGGCACAGCUGCUCGACCAGACUCGAGUUGAGAAUGAGGAGUUGAGGGAAGAACUCUCUAAAGUGACCGCUCAACACAAUUCAGUUCUCGAGGAGAACCAGAGACUCAGUGCCAAACUGGAGAACCUAGAGCAGGUCCUAAAGCAUAUGCGAGAGGUCGCUGAGCGAAGGCAGCAGUUGGAAUUGGAACAUGAGCAGGCUCUGGCUAUCCUUAAGUUCAAGCAGGAUGAAAUCAAACGGUUACAACGGGCUCAGUUAUUUGCCAAGAGGGAGCAUGAAGGGGUGGUCCAGAUGUUGGAGGAGUUGACUCAGCUUGUGUUGCGGAGGGAGCUGUCAAAGGUGCGAGAUCUGGAGGAGAAGUGUCGCAGCCAGAGUGAACAGUUUGGCUCGUUGUCCCGGGAAUUGGAUAAGUUUCGACUGCAGGCCUCAAAGGUGGACCUUGCUGGUGCCGGCCUUCUUAACCACUCCGGCCUCUCUGUUCUGACAAAUGGAGUGGACCUGUCUUCAGAGCGAGACUGCACAGAUGGCUCAUGGGAUAUGGAGUCUCUGAGCGAAAUAGCCUUCUGGAGUCUCGAGGGAGGUGACACUCUCUCCUGCCCUGAGGAUGUGGCUGCCGCACUACGCAUGGGGACCACCCCCCAUGCUGCAGGGCUGUCCAGGGUGGAGCGCUCGCCGGUCACCAAGCAUCGAGAGCUUCCCACAAUCAGUGUCAGCAAGUCGGCCUCAUCCUCCAGCAAGUCUGAGACCACAAACCUCACCCCGAAGUCUGACACCCACCUUAGUCCGCACAAAUCAAGCCCAACGCAUGAGGUUGACACUGCAAGUGAGGUGGAGGAGCUGGACGUUGACAUUGCCGCUGCACCUUACACUGCCAGCGGAGGAGCAUCGAAGCUUCAGGUUUUUAUUGCACGAUACAGCUAUAAUCCUUACGACGGCCCCAAUGAUAACCCUGAAAUGGAGCUACCACUCACUGCUGGAGAAUACGUUUAUGUGUAUGGAGGCAUGGAUGAUGAUGGCUUCUAUGAAGGCGAGUUGGUAGAUGGAAGGAGAGGGCUGGUCCCCUCUAAUUUUGUGGAACGUGUAUCCGAUGACGACAUCAUGGGUAGUCAUCCACCAGUGACUAGUGAUAUAACCCACAACUCCUUGCUAGACAGCAGUUUGCACAGUGCCAGCCACCAGCGUCACCUCCACACAAGUGUCCGUGCCUCGGAUAGAGUAGAGGCCUCUUCUGUCUCUGGCCCCGCCUCAGCCUCUUCCAAUUCGGCCUUGGCUGUCUCAGCCCCCCUCACCAAUGGCCUGGACUUGGAUUUGGAGGAGGUGGGAGUGGACACUGUGCCUUACCCACGUAAGCUCACCCUCAUCAAGCAGCUUGCCAAGAGCAUCAUCAUCAGCUGGGACCCUCCGUUGGUGCCAGCUGGGUGGGGCAAUGUGUGGAGUUAUAAUGUGUAUGUGGACCAGGAGCUCCGGCUCAAUGUGCCCUUCGGUGCCCAGACCAAGGCAGUGCUGGAGAGGCUUGACAUCAACCUCAAAGCCUACCGUGUAUCUGUGCAGAGCCUGACAGAGAAGGGCCUCUCAGAACAGCUGCGCUGCAGUAUGCUCAUUGGUAGGGACGUCUGUGUGGCCCCUACGCAGCUGCGUGUGGACAGGGUCACCGCCACCUCUGCCAACCUGUCCUGGCUGCCGAGCAACAGCAACUAUGUGCACAUUGUGUCCUUGAAUGAGCAAGAGUGUGAGCUGGUGAAGGCUGGCUGCUAUUCGCUGUGCCUCAAUAACCUCUUACCCCGCCUGCAGUACACAGUCAAAGUGGAGGCGCGGCCACACCGCACGCCUUGGGAGUUACCUGUGGAGCGUCGUGAACGCAGAAGUGCUAGCAUCAACUUCAACACGCUAAUGGCAGUUUCAUGCCCACAGUCUGGGAACACAGGCCCUCCUGAUGCUCCACUGGAUGUACAGUUGGAGCAUGGUCCUUCACCAGGUAUUGCCCUCAUCAGCUGGCUACCGGUCACUAUUGAUUGUGCAGGGACCUCCAACGGAGUCCGUGUCUCUGGUUACGCUAUAUAUGCAGAUAAGAAAAAGGUGCUGGAGGUGUCUUCUCCAACAGCCGGCAGUGCACUGCUGGGGCCCUCCCAGAUCCGAUCCCUCCAGGCAGCUCAGGAGCUCACUGUUCGCACUAUGUCUGCACAUGGAGAGUCUUGUGACUCUUUUCCAGUCAAUGUGCCCUCCAAGCUAGCUGCUAUAAUGGCUGGCCCAGUUGCAACCACCCCGGUAGUGCCACGCCUCACUUGCAACCCUGUAGUACCCAAUAACCCGUCCUCUUCGCUUUCUUUCGGAAACUCUGCUGCCAAAGUCUCCACGCUGCCCUGCCCAUCAUCUCCAAAUAGACACAUUUCUGGCCUCACAGCGGGGGCUGCUGCCAACUGUCCUCAUGUCCCACACACUGAGGUCUUAGUGUCAUCAGCCUCAUUUGUACAGGCCUGGGCUGACCCCACAUCUGCUCCCAUGGCUGCGUGUGAGGCUACAUUACCCGUUUCAUCAAUCGUAACCCCAGUGAUCAAUGUGAACUCCCCCACGUCGUCGGCCCCUCAAGCGGAUCCUGUAAUAGCACCCGCACAAACACCAGAGGUGGCACCAGCGGCCACAUUGGACCAACGCAGAGAUGCAGACAGCCCUGGAAGUAUACGUCCUUUUCCAUCCAUCACAGAGUUCAUUGAGGAUCCCUGUGCCAAACUCAGAACGCCGGAGCGUAUCCCCACACCGCCCAAAGCCCCAAUCACAGACCUCCUUAAUCCUCUGGACACAUUAAUCCUCCGACCCCCCAGUACUUCACCGCUGGACUCUGAGGUUGAGGAGGAACAAGAGAACAAACGCUUAGUGUCAAUUGAGGAGUUCUUGAGACAGGACCGGGACCCAGCGUACACAAUGGCGCAGCAGAGCUAUGGCACAGGGUUGCUCGAGCAUCCAAGUGAUUACCUCGCUGACAACAGCCGCUCAGACCUGUCUGACAUUCUAGAAGAGGAAGAAGAUGAGCUUUACUCUGACCACCUUGUGGAAGCGCCCACCAGGGGAUACACAGUUACAGCUGGCAGGUUAACCAAAUCAGAACCUUCAGAGAGUGAUGAAGAUGUUGUUGAGAGGAUCCUCAAGUUACCCCCUCAGGAAUAUCGCAGCAAGCAACUGUUCAGUAUUCCUGAGGUGAGUGAAGAGGAAAAGGGUGGUCGGAAAGAACCUUUACAUCAUCACGUACAGAUUCAGCUGAGGCCCAGCCAUCUUCAUCCCAGAGACACAGAACGCCUUCAUCAUGCUCCCCAGUGUCACCACCAACCACACGUUCCCCCUCAGCAGCACCACUUCAACAGGGAUCCCAGAUCCCUCACCAAAGAGCCUUUAUUUAGGCAAGUCAAGCCCAAGAUGCAGCACAGAGUCCACUAUUCAGAUGCAGUUGACACUGUGAGUUAUCCUGGUGAAAAAGAAGUGCGUUUAUGUGAAGGUCCAGCCAACAGGCGACUUUCUGUCCGCUGUCCCCCUCAGUCUGCUCCCAACAAAGAUAGAGUACUACUCAGAGGAUUAGGGGACCGCCUUAGGAGGGAGGCCAUGCUCAGGAGUCAGAAGGCUGCAGCAGCAGCUAACCCAGGCUAUGGCCCUACCCCGCCAAGACCCUACCCAGUCAGCAAAACAGUACGUACUGUGAGGUCACCCAUUAGUCGUGGGAUGGAGAUUGAUGUGGAGUAUGGCACGGAUGACAAUGAGGAGCCAGAUGCGUGCGCUUCAGGAGAGGUGGUGCUGGAACAGAUGAGCUCAGAGUGGUGGAUCGAGGGGGCUGAAAUGGAGCACAUAGGACCGUCUUACCGCCAAGGAACAAAGUCCAUGGAGCCGAGUCAACAAACGAGAUCUGAAGCAGGUCCAUCACAGGGGCCAGACUCCAAGCCAUCUUCUAAUUCAGUUGGUUUGCAAAGCAGGCAGCUUAAAGGUUGUUUUGAAUCACCAAAGACAAAAGGGGACAAAAGUGAAUUCCGCAUCUUUGUGGCCCUCUUCCCUUAUGACCCUGCCACCAUGUCACCCAACCCGGACGCUGCCGAGGAGGAGCUGCCCUUUCGAGAGGGACAGAUCAUCACAGUUUGCGGGGAUAAAGACUCUGACGGGUUCUACAGAGGGGAGUCUGGUGGUCGUUUGGGCUAUGUGCCUUGCAACAUGGUGUCUGAGAUCCAGGUGGAGGAUGAAGAAACCCGGCAGCAGCUUCUGGAGCAGGGCUUCUUAUCGACCCCAGCAUCCAUAGAAAAAAUAGGCACUCGCACACAUGCACAGCUUCCACGUCGCCCUGUUCCACCACCGAAACCGAGACGAUCCAAGAAAGAUCCAAGCCAGGCAGCUGCUGCAACUGCAGCAAACCCCGACCCAGGAUCUCGCCGGAUGGUGGCCAUCUUUGAUUACGAUCCACGAGAGAGCUCCCCAAACACCGAUAUUGAGGCCGAGUUGACCUUCAGCGCCGGAGACAUCAUCCACGUGCUUGGCGACAUGGAUGAAGAUGGCUUCUUCUAUGGCGAUUUGAAUGGACAACAAGGCCUCGUGCCCUCCAACUUCCUGCAGGCUUUACCAGAAGAUGCCCCGGCCGAUCACGUCUCAGCUCAGCCUGCACCAGAGCAUAAAAGAGAAUUACAGGGGAGUCCCUCUCUAGCGCUGCAGGAUGCCGGGCCCUCAACAAGCCAAGAUGCUUCGAUCCCACAAACAGAACCUCCUUGCCCGCAUCUAAUAGAACAUUCAGAACCACCGCCCCAUCUGCAACUGCCCACAAGCACCGCAUCAGACUCGGGCGUGGUUCCAGGCCCAGCUCCGGGGCGUGCCUCUCCUCUAACCCCGCACCCGGCAGACAGGCCGGUGUUGGCCGACUGCUCUGCACAAGGCAAGAAGAAGAAAGGCUUCUUCUCCAAAGGCAAGAAACUGUUCAGAAGGUUUGGAUCCAGCAAAAAAGAAUGAAAGGCAGGACCUCAAACUUGAUGCUCUUUUCAAUCAAGCACUUUCUGUCUGCUCAUUGUUAGUGCAGUCAGAGAUGUUACUGUCCAUAAUUAUACCGGACAUUUGCCUUCGAGCACUGCUUGACGAGCUGGAAAUUACAGAGUUACUGUAGAAUUGUGCAAUCUCUCUCCUCUCAUCGUUCCUUAUCGAAGCGUCCCAUUCUUCAAUACGCAAUAUAAAAGCAGAAAUGUGCGGUUGUCUCCCCGCUACAGCAGGCUACUGAAGCGAGGCCUCGGCCUUCUGCGUCCAGGUAAUAACACAAAAUGCUUACUCGCCACUUUAUCUAAAGAAAGCAAACAAGUAGAGGCGGCGGACCUCCUCGUCUGCUGCAUGACUAUUCACUCAUCAGUUUGUCCUCACGUCUUUCUGACUGUUUUGUACGUUUGUCAUACGGAUCCUGCUUGUAUCUGCAGCAAUCGCGUUCCCUCACUGGAGACACGGUGAACGACUCUCUAGAGUGUGUGCGUGCGUGCGUGUGCGCGCUGUCCAAAGGAAACGCCUUUUCCAGACAUUAACACGGGAAGUCUUGAUGUUGUCACCGGUACCACCAAAUUAUGCACACAACAUAUUCAAUGUAUUUAGGAUUCAGUAUUAGACGUUUGAGUGCAGCAUGGUGUUUUUCUUCCACAAGGAUUUAGAGGGAUUUCAUAGAAAAAGUAAGUGUUAGAAACCACAAUAAAAGGUAGUAAUCCCGCACUGCAUCAGUUUGAAUGAAUAUGUAGUAUUUCCGCGUAAUUUUGCCUAGCACGUUGGCAGGUGUGGUGAAGCAGAACAUUUUUUCAACGCGCAGAGCUGCAGGUGUUCUUGCACAGCCACCCGUUUUGUAUACUACUUACUUUGUUGAGUGUUGUAAAAGUAGCAACCUAUCCUGGCGAGAGAUGUGCUACACGCACACACACACACACACACACACACACACAGUUUCAGUUUCACACCGACAGGCUAUUUAGGUUGUCCUGUGUGAACUUAUGUUAACCCAUACCACGAUACCACUGAGACAAGCACAGUGAGAACAUGAAAAAGCCAUGCCAAGGUUCAAACCUUAACCCUUGCCAUGGGGCAGUACUGCUAACCAUGUUGCUGGAGAACAGUUCAGUUCAAAUGCAAUAGUGUAUAGCCGCUUAACUUUUUGUACAUCUUUUUUGUACAUCUUACGGAACUUGAAGGCCACAGUAUACAGGUGCACCUCGAGCUUGUUUUCAUCGUGGGCCUCAACAUAGUUGUGGUCAAGUUCACGUUUCAGUUGGGAACCAAUUGCUUGUCUCGUGGAAAGAGGGUGCAGAUUUAAUGACGUUUAAAAUACAGACUAACAGCUGCAAGCUUUUCUUUUAAGGAAAGUGCAAGAUCAAUAGUUGAUCUACUUUUUAGUAAACAAUCAGUGCAACAGUAACCGUUUGCAUUAUUAGUCAAUAAAAAUACUAAUAAUGGAUUUGUUAUUGCUCGCGCUCCAUCUGAAAAGCCCGGCCCGGGAGAGGCUGUUUCACGCUGCGUGUGUGGGUACCCUAAUAAUCUCCCAGUGCUAUUACAUACUUGCCCCUCCGUUUGACGAGCACCUUUUUUUAAUGGCGAUAACUACUUUUGAAAAGAAAAAAAAUGGAAAGAAAAAUUGGGGCAAGCUUUCGCAUUUGGCCCGCAAAAGCCUUGAGUUUUGACACCUGCGCAUUUGACUAUCGUGGAAAACAAAAAGUGUUAUUUUACAUGGAUUCACAAGACAGAACAAAAUAUUUCAUGAUUUCCAUUGUUAUUAUUUGGUUGAUUAUAGUUUGCAGCUUUUUGAAUAUUACAUCAGAAAACUCUUCACGGUUUUUAAUGUAGAAAUCAAGCAGGAAUUGGCCUUUUGAAAAGUAUUUUCUUUUAUUGAAUGAAAUCUGCACAAUACGAGUUUCACAUUUUGAAUUAAAAUAACCAUUCUGAACGACUGUUGAUUUUUAGUGAGAGUAAAUGUGUAUUACAGAAGGAAACCUGCUUCUAGAGUAUAAGGAGGAAGGAAUAUCAUAUAUUUUUUUUGUCAUGGCACGCGCGUGUCGUGGAGUUGCCGUGCAGUUGAAGUGAAUGUGUGUCAGCGCUUGUAACAGGACAUUCCUGUUCCUGUUGGUAACUUCUCAGGUUUUUCACAUGUAGCUUAAGACCCUACAGCCUCCCCUUCAAAAAGUGCAGAAAAUGCCAAACACUUUAGGUGCUUUUAUUUCAUUUCGUUUCGCUACAAAGGAAGCGGAUCUAGUCAAGCUCCUGUCGUGUUAGUCACUUUAGUUCCAAGUUAAGUAGUUAAGUCAUUAGUCGUCGUUGGUCAGAGGGAGCGUGACGAUGCCAAGACUAUAAAAAGGAGGUGGUGGGGGUGGGGCAUUUUGCGGACGCUUUAUUUGCAAAUUAGCCGGGACAUAAGCAAGUUUAUUUGAUUUUUGAUUUUUUUUCCAGAGGAGAGUUUCUGAAGCGUACGUACAGUUGUAUUGAAUUUACGGCCUUGAAUGCACAAGUAUUAUCGCGACCUGCUGUUUAGUUAGCAGACUGCACUCCUGCUGCUCUGCAUUACACCCACAUGCACGUAGUUAACAGUAUUUAGCCUUACCAGAAGACAAUGUUUAGUCUUAAUAUGUUGUUUACAGGAUGUUUGUUGAUUGCAUGAAUACCAAUAUUAUGCCCAUAUUCUGCCUUAUUUAUGUUUUCUUUGUCUGACACAUCUACAAUGUGAGUUGUAGAUUGGUUGAAAUGCAGUGAAAAGGUAGUUGUAGGAGUUGUGUAUUUAAUGGACAGUGUUUGAACUCUCUCCCCCCCCCCCCCCCUACAUUUAUAAUGUAAAACUUUUUUUUUUUUUUUUUUUUUAUAUGAUGUGAUAAAAAUGUUUUUCUUACCUAAAUGGAAGCUCAUCUGUAAAUAUUUUUGUUAAUAUUGUUUUUGCAUGUUUAUGCAGUGUUGAUGCGGUAAAGGCGUUGAAUGCAAAAGAACUGAAACAUGGGUCUUUCUCCAUAAAAUAAACGAUGUAUAUUUUCACAUAAAAACAAAAGCACUCAAGAGCAGGUGAAUCUCUUAAUUGUGAAAGAAAGGAAGCAAAAGAGUUUCUUGAUUCUUUAUUUCAUCCCGAUGACAUUUGAUUUCGUGUACACGCGAUUGUCUUUUUCCAGCCCGUAGUUGCAAUCGUGCUAAAAUAGAGGAAAAAGUUUGCAAGCUUUGCUGCGAGCUACACAGCACCCAUGUGAGAGAGCAGCAACAACACUCUGGGUAACGCGUAGCCUCGCGAGACAAAAGCCGCUUCCUCUUUCUGGACUUCCG